CACUGUCUUCCACACCCUCCUUUCGUCCCCCCUCCUUCCCUCCCACCCUCCCGCGGCCGCACGCCGAGCGACAGCCCGGGGGAGCAGGUGUGGGGGGCGGGCGGGGUCGCGCGAGACAAAAGGGGCGCGGGGGUCAGCCCGCCAUGGCCUCCCGGAGCCUGGGGGGCCUGGGGGGCCUGGGUGGCAGCCGCGGCGGGGGCGGCGGCGGCAAGAAGAGCCUGAGCGCCCGCAACGCCGCGGUGGAGAGGAGGAACCUGAUCACGGUGUGCAGGUUUUCUGUGAAGACCCUGAUUGAUCGGUCCUGCUUCGAAACAAUUGAUGAUUCUUCUCCUGAAUUUAACAAUUUUGCAGCUAUUUUGGAACAGAUUCUAAGUCACCGGCUGAAAGAGAUUUCCCAAAGUUGCCGAUGGCUGACUCAUCUCCAAAUACCUCUUCAAGGUCAAGUAACCUGGUUUGGUUAUGAAAGUCCUCGUAGCUUCUGGGACUAUAUCAGAGUGGCUUGCCGGAAAGUUUCACAGAACUGUAUCUGCAGCAUUGAAAAUAUGGAAAAUGUCAGUUCCUCUAGAGCUAAGGGUAGAGCCUGGAUCCGUGUAGCACUCAUGGAAAAACAUUUAUCUGAAUACAUCUCUACAGCUCUGAGAGACUUCAAAACAACCAGGAGAUUUUAUGAAGAUGGAGCAAUUGUCUUGGGUGAGGAAGCCAAUAUGCUUGCUGGCAUGCUGCUUGGACUCAAUGCUAUUGAUUUCAGCUUCUGCCUGAAGGGAGAAGGAUUGGAUGGCAACUUUCCUGCUGUGAUAGACUAUACACCAUAUUUGAAGUUUACCCAAAGUUCUGAUAGUAUCAGCAGUGAUGAGGAAGAGCUGAGGACUUUGGGAAGCAGUGGUAGUGAAAGCAGCACUCCAGAGAACGUCGGGCCUCCUUUCAUCAUGGAUGAGAAUAGUUGGUUCAACAAGUGUAAGAGAGUUAAACAAAAGUAUCAACUAACCCUGGAGCAGAAGGGUUAUCUUGAAGAACUCUUACGACUUCGGGAGAACCAGCUGACUGAAUCUGUCGCUCAGAAUAAAAUACUACUACAAAGGAUUGAAGAUUCUGAUCUGGCUCAUAAAUUGGAGAAGGAACAAUUAGAAUAUAUAAUUGUGGAGCUUCAAGAUCAGCUAAAAAGUUAUCAAAGUCUUGAACAGUUAUCAGCUGAAGUCAGCCUUUCUCAGACUUCACUGGAUCCAAGUCAGUCACAAGAAGGAGAUGGAAAACAAGACACUUUAAAUUUAAUCAGUGGAGGUAAAGAAGAUACGCCCUCACUACUUGGCCUCUGUGGGUCUCUAACAUCAGUGGCAAGUUACAAGUCUCUAACCAGCCUAAAGUCUAACGACUACCUAGCAAGUCCGACAACAGAGAUGACAAGUCCAGGUCUAACUCCAUCCUGAAAAAUUUUAUGUAAAAGCCAAAAGUUUUUAUGUUGCAAAUGUUCUAUUUACGUAAGUUUGACUGCUGGGGAACCUUUGGAAUUUUAUAUUGUUCUGGCACAUGUCUGGAAUUCUGUUGCUUAUAUUAGAGAAUUGAAUACACUGCACAUAAACUUCUGAGUGAAAAAACAAUGAUGCUGCCAUUUUUCAUUUUAAAAUUCUUGUAUUUGUCACUGAGGACGUUGAAAAAUGAAUAGACUUAAAAAAACUUUCAGAGAUCUUCUCAAUAAUCCAUUGCAAUUGCACAUAUUUAUUAUUCAGCUUAUUUUCAUAGAUUUAAAUGUAUCAUAAUUGCCAGAGAUUAAGUUCAAGGUUUUAUUCUAGAGACUUAAGCUAAGUAUUUUCUUUUGCUCUUUUACUCAGUGAUUAAAUUUUCUAAAAAUGGCUAUUUCAUUUUUCAUGAAUUUCUUCCCAGGUUCUGAUGUUUAAAUGCCUUGUCUUUAAAGUGAAGAGAAAGGUUCUCAGUUGCAGCUUCACAAUGGCUUUUUCAGUUUUUCUUUAACAGUUACCAUUUGGCAUCAACCUAACAUUCCACCUAACAUUUAUAAAUUUUGAAGGAUGUGUCUUUAGGCCGUUACUUAAAUUUGUUAGGGUCACAGGGAAAGUAUUUUACAGUAUUUUAGACCAUUUAGGUAAAAUGAAUAAAUUUCUAGUUUUGAUUUUCCCAAGAUUUUCUUAAAAGUUUAUCAAUUUUGAAAUUGAUCGAAUUUAUGUCUCAUAAAUUGGAAACAUUUAAAAAUGUAGAACAGAUGUUGAAAAAGUAUUUUAUCAGGAAAGAUUUCAAGUUCAUUUAAGGAUUUGAGAAGCUUUUAAAGUAAGGGUCUGUAGGCUAAACACCAUACUUAAUGUCUGACAUCCAGUGCUGUUUUUCUCCCUUGUGUGCAAGAAUGAAUUGUGUCAUACAUGCUUUACAGCUUCUCUCGUUAAUCAUGCCAUAAUAUCAUUUUAAAUUUGAUGUUAAUGUUAAAAACUACUGCACUUCCACAGGUAAAAAAUUAGUUUUUUUUUUUAAAGCUAUGAGUCAUCUUUUAAAUUUUUGCAAAUUUUGGAACAGCUGUACAUUUUGUCCCUGAAAAUUCCACCAUAUUGAAAGAGAAAAUCCAUGAAGUAUAUUUUCUAUAGUAAUAUGAUGAAAACGUGAUCAGUUGUGCCAAAGAAGUUUUAUAUAUUGUUUACAUGAAGAGGCUACUACAAUACUUAUUGGGGACUUCAUAUGCUAUUUUUAUUUGUUAAUAAAACAUUACAUUCAAACUUAGUAACUCUGACAUACAGAAAGAAUGUUCCUCCUAAAAUAUUUUGAGAGGAGACAAGAAGCACUUAUUACAGUCAAUCAUUCUUUCUAUUAGAAAUGUGUGUGUGUGGUGGUUCUCUGCAAUAUUUAGAGCUUUACUCUCAUAAUUUGGAAUUUAAAAGGCUGGUCUUAUAAGACAGUUCAAACAAUGUCAUUUCAGGGACAAAGAAGGCCUGGAAGCCCUUAAAUUAUUUUAGACGUACCAGAACGUAUCCAGAGCUUUAUUCCUUUAGCUUAAGGCUUUAGUACUUGUAGUAAUGCAAAUACUCCUGAGAAAUGGUACCUUUAAUCUAUUCUUAAUUCUGUAUAACUUUAUUGUGAGUGAGGUAUCUAAAGCAAUUUGUAAUCAGCAUGGGGAAUGGAAGGGAGGUUUAAAUGAAGACAAAGGAAACCUUGGGAGGAGAGAAUGAGAAAUGGUUAAGGAGGGGAACUUCAAAAAUUUUAGGCUGGCCUUAAGCACUGUUGCUGCUUUCCUAACAACUACCAGAGUGUUUAAAUGCUUUCAUUCAUGAAACACUCUCAAAUGACAUUUAUUAUCCUUCAGUAGUUAAAAUGUUAAAUUUUUUCCACACAUUUUUAUAAUACAGAAAGGAAAUACAAGAUUCCAUAAUCAAAUUUUUCAGAUUUGUCUAAAUGUGUACAAUAACUUGUGCAUCUUAACAUGCUGCUAAAUGCAGAUUUAAGCAUUACAUCUGAGGAUAGUGACUUUUCCUCCUUUCUUGGAGCUCUUGGUAUAACAUUCAUCUGCUAAUGUGACUUCAGGUUAUUCUACACAGUUCAUUGCACACUGGUUAUAGAGGUAGUUUGUUAAUGCUUGCAUGAGGUAUGUCUCAACUUUAAUUUUAGGUGAUAGUGUUUACUGUUCGCACACCCUCCUGUAAAUACAGUGCUGAACUCUAUGCUACUAUUUCCAUGUGUAUUUUGUUGCCUUGCUAUACGAUACUUGUUGCAUGUAUAUUAAACAUUUUAUACCAUG